GCAGUACAAUACAAUGGUAUUAUUAGAUUAGAUGAUAGGCCAAUAAUCAAUAGGAGUGGAUCAAGAAGAAGACGGUAUCCACUACCCAGCCGUUGAGAUCCCGUCGUCGACGGACGAAAUGGCCGCCGGAGACGACCUCUCGCCGGCGGAGGCACGCCUCGCCAUGAUGGAGCUCGCCAACAUGAUCUCCGUCCCAAUGGCGCUCACCGCCGUCAUCCGCCUCGGCGUCCCCGCCAAGCUCUCCGCCGCCGGGGCCGCCCCUCUCUCCGCCGCCGACCUCCUCCCCAUGGGCCACCCGGACCCCUCCGUCCUCGAGCGCCUCCUCCGCCUGCUCGCCUCCCGCGGCGUCUUCUCCGAGCACGCCGGCUCCGGCUCCCUGCGCCGCUUCGCGCUCACCGCCGUCGGCCGCACCCUCGUGCCCGGCCCCUCCGGCGCGUCCUACGCCGACUACGUGUUGCAGCACCACCAGGACGCGCUCGUCCGCGCAUGGCCCCGCCUCCACGAGGCCGUGCUCGACCCCGCCGGCCCCGAGCCCUUCGCCCGCGCCAACGCCGGCGUCCCCGCCUACGCCUACUACGGCCAGGACAGGGAGGCGAACGAGGUGAUGCUCCGCGCCAUGACGGGGGUGUCGGAGCCGUUCAUGGAGGCGCUGCUCGACGGCUACGGCGGAGGGUUCGAGGGGGUGGGCACGCUGGUGGACGUGGGCGGAAGCUCCGGCGCGUGCCUGGAGAUGAUCAUGCGGCGGGUCCGCACCAUCCGGGAGGGCCUCAACUUCGACCUCCCCGACGUCGUGGCGGCGGCGCCGCCCAUUCCCGGAGUAAAACAUGUUGGUGGAGACAUGUUCAAGUCCAUCCCCUCCGGAGAUGCAAUCUUCAUGAAGUGGGUUCUGACGACAUGGACCAACGACGAGUGCACGGCGAUCCUGCGCAACUGCUACGCGGCGCUGCCGGCCGGCGGGAAGCUGGUGGCCUGCGAGCCGGUGGUGCCGGACACGACGGACGGCAGCACGAGGACGAGGGCGCUGCUGGAGAACGACAUCUUCGUCAUGACCACCUACCGGACUCAGGGGAGGGAGCGCUCCGAGGAGGAGUUCCGGCAGCUCGGCCUCGCCGUCGGCUUCACCUUCUUCCGCGCCAUCUACCUCGACCCUUUCUACGCCCUCCUCGAGUACACCAAGUGAUUCAUUUUCAUACCGUUCAAUCCAAUAAGAAAUGUCAUGAAUGAUAUAUGAACUGGAAACGUGUCGCAAUUUGCAAUAACACGAUUGCUGCUACUACUACUACUACUAGCAGCAGUUAGCAGCGUACCA